AUGCUGUCGCGCUCGUCCACCUGCAUGGGAGUCGCCAAGGAGGUCCUCCAUGGCGCUGAGGCCCGCUCACGUAUGCUAGUCGGGGUUAACCGUAUCGCCGAUGCUGUGGCCGUUACCAUGGGCCCUAAGGGUCGCAACGUGGUCAUCGAGCAGAGCUUCGGGUCCCCUAAGGUCACCAAGGAUGGUGUCACUGUCGCCAAGGCCAUCGACCUCCCCGACAAGAUGCAGAACGUCGGAGCCGCUCUCAUCAAACAGGUGGCUUCCAAGACCAACGACAUUGCUGGUGAUGGCACUACCACUAGUACAGUACUUGCUCGGGCCAUCUACCGUGAGGGCUGCAAGGCGGUCGCUGCUGGCAUGAACCCAAUGGACUUGAAGAGGGGCAUCGACGCUGCAGUGAAGGUGGUCAUGGAUGAGCUCAAGGCUCGUGCCCAGCCUAUCUCAACCGCCCAGGAAAUUCAACAGGUCGCCACAAUUGCUGCCAACGGCGACAAGACCAUCGGCAGUCUCAUCGCUGAGGCUUUCGAGAAAGUCGGCAAGGACGGCACCAUUACCGUGUCGGACGGCAAGACCAUGGAGCAUCAGCUGGAGGUUGUGGAAGGCAUGCAGUUCAACCGUGGUUACAUUUCCCCCUACUUCGUCACCAACAACAAGACUCAGUCGGUCGAGUUUGAGAAUCCUCUCAUCUUGGUGCAUGAGAAGAAGAUCAGCUCCAUUCAGUCCAUUCUCCCCGUGCUCGAGUACGUGGUAAAACUACAGCGACCCCUCCUUAUUAUUGCUGAAGACGUCGAUGGAGAGGCUCUGGCUACUCUCGUUGUCAACAAGCUCCGUGGUGGCCUCAAGGUCUGCGCUGUCAAGGCCCCCGGGUUCGGCGAUAACCGCAAGUCCCAGAUGCAGGAUAUCGCUACUGUUUGCGGCUGCGAGGUGGUCAGUGAGGAGACUGGCACCAAGCUCAGCGACGACUUCGACCCUGCAUUGCUGGGCUCAUGCAAGUCUGUCUCCGUCAAGAAGGACGACACCAUUAUCCUUGACGGUGCGGGAGCUCGAGAGGAGAUAGAUGACAGAUGCGAGACCCUCCGUGAUGCUAUUGACAACACCAGUAGUGAGUACGAGAAGGAUAAGCUCAAGGAGCGUCUCGCCAAGAUGAGUGGGGGUGUUGCCGUCAUCAAGGUUGGCGGUUCCUCCGAAGUGGAGGUGUCCGAGGUCAAAGAUCGUCUCAAUGACGCCCUCAACGCCACCAAGGCCGCUGUGGAGGAGGGUAUCGUGCCCGGCGGUGGGUCCGCUCUCUUGAGAGCUAGCAAGAAGUUGGAUGACAUGAAAUUGGACAACUUCGACCAGGAGGUCGGCUGCAACAUCAUUCGUUCAGCGUGCAAGCAGCCUUGUAAGACUAUUGUCGAGAACGCUGGUGAGGAGGGUGCCGUCGUGGUGCAGAAACUCCUCAGUGAUGACCAUUACCACAAGGGAUACAACGCCCAGACCUCUGAGUACGUCGACAUGCUCCAACAGGGUAUCAUUGACCCCACCAAGGUCGUACGGACGGCCUUGGCUGAUGCCGCCAGUAUUGCUAGUUUGAUGACUACCACUGAGACUGUCAUCUGCGAUGUCCCUGAGAAGGAGAAGUCCCCCGCGGCCCCUGAUAUGAGCGGUAUGGGCGGUAUGGGAGGUAUGGGUGGUAUGAUGUAGAGUGCCGACCUGUAGCUCGGAGGACGCGAUUGUCAGUAGGCAGUAGGGCACAUAGAGUGGCUGAGAUAUACUUGAGUGUUUCCGAUCUUUAUCAACCUGAGCUCUGACAGA